UCAUGGGGAGCGCUCGGGAUAUGAUCGGAGGUUAAAUUGUAGCACUUUUCUAUUGUAUCUAUUUGUAGUAAAUCUAGUAGGUGUCCCGUAAAAAUAAAUUUGUAGCUGGUUGUUUCUGGUUUUGUCGAUUCAUUGACGCUCUCUAGCAAGAGAAGUAAGGUUGAGGGUUUCCGAACUACAUCCCUUCCUACCAGCCUUGGGGGCUCCUUUUCAAGGGGGAAAGGGUUUCCGAAUUACAUCCCUCACUACCAGCCUUGGCUGUUAAGGGUUUCCCAAUUACAUCCCUCACUACCAGCCUUGGCUCCUUUUCAUCAAGGGGAAAAUAGGUCAAGGAUGUUCUGAAGAAUGCACCCUGGAAACCUCGCCGUUUACGGAAGUGCGUCCGCGUCGUCUAGGGCCUAGAAGUAGUUCUCACAAAAAUUGUCGCCUUGUAGAAGUAGCUUGAAACACAUUUUGAGUACGGACAUUUCUGCAGUAGGUAUAGAAGAUUGGUACUACAUACAGAUAGUUACUUACUACACUUUCUCCUUGCUAGGUAGUAGCUAAAAUAUUUAUAUCAUACAGAGCAAGGGAGGCUGAAAUUUUUGUCGUCUUGUAGUGCUAGAGUGAAGACGGCGACGGGUGAACAAGACGGUGAUCAUCGUCGACGUCGUGGUAUUUACUGCUUAGCUACUGAUAGUAGCAGGGAGGCUCAGAAAGACACUCGGCGACGUCAUCCUUUCUAGAAGUUGUACAUUGAUCACUGACUACGACAAUAUUUGUCCGUGCUGCUAUUCAGCAAAUCUAAUGUCUAUCAACAUCCUCUUCAACAUCUUCUAAAGAUAAUAUAUCAGAACAUCUUGAAGUACAUACAUCUUCUAAAGAUAAUAUAUCAGAACAUCAUCUCGUUUUGAACAUACAAACAGUUUCGACAAAGUAGGCAGGAGUAGAGAAACAGAAGCUCGAAGUAGAACCUCCAACAACUACGGGGGGUAUUAAUUAUCGUCCAUCUUUCUAGAUUGCUACAAAAAAGCUGAGGUGGGAGGUGCUGCGAAGCACAUAUUGAUGGAGUAGUAUCUAUUCUUUUUGACCCUUCGUAGGAAAAGUGUUGCUAUCUUCAAUGUUCGUAUCGCGAGCAAUAUAGACCCACGUACCAAAAUAAAAAAUUGUAUUGGUUGCAGCGUGAGUGAAUGAAUGAAUAACCAAGUAAGUACUUAGCAGGCAUCUUUGAAAUUUUUCUCGCGGACGGAGGAGCGAGGCCUUAGAAAAGUAAGGCAACAACAAGGCGACUUCUUCGCUAUACACUUCAACAGCCGGUGAGAUUCUAGGUAUUUGAAGAUUUGUUGAUCACAUUUUCUUGAGGUACUAUUCAUAUUCAUCUGGGGUCAGGGUAUCUUCCCUGAACGUGAACUGGUGUGGUGCGACGAUCUCGGGGGAUAGAAGCUCCAUGGAAAAACAGAAUCCACGAUAGAAUUUUUGAUUUUGGCAUUUGAUACACCACUUGAUUGGUAUCUAUAACCAAGUGAGAAACCCAAAAAGGAACUAUGGUAUCCCUGUAUCAACUCGUGUGAACAAGAAUUUAUUUUUAGAUUGCACCUUCUGCGCGCGAGCGUGCGUCUGCGUUGCACGGCGUGUGGUAACUGUUUACUUCUUUCUUCAGUGACUUGAUCAACAAGACAAUAAAUUAAUGAAAAAUAGAGAGCUGUACUAGUAGUUGUUGUGUACAACUAGUUUUUUUUUUGAUUGUAGCAAAACCAAAAUACUUAAGUAAAUGAUCACGGGAAGGGGAAAUCCGUAAAACUCAGAAGAGAUUCAGGGAAGUCGUAGGACAAUUCCGAACCGACUAACAUCAUCAAACAAAUGAUCACGCUGCUAUGAAGAAUAUCUUGUUCCGUGUGUAACAAUAAAUUGGAGGACUGUCUCUCAUCUUUUCCUCCGAAAUAGUUGUCCCAAUUACUCUAUUAAAAGUAAGUUGAUGAACCAAAAAAAAAAUGGUAAUGGUCGUGCUGCUGCUGUAAGUGGCGCACCAGGCAUCUGAUAAACAAGAACAAGGAACCUUGCCUAAGACAAAGUGCGAGCUAGUCGUACUUCUUGGCAAUAACAAACAAGGCCAGAGAACUACAAGCAGGAGAAGGAGCGACUGUGGAAGUCCUUGGGAAUCUGCCAAAAGGCAGAGGCAUUAUGUCUUCUAUCUCUGGUGGAGUUUUGGAAAUCAGCAGCGGCCCCAGCGCAAAGAUUAUGCUUCACAACAAGAAUAGACUACUUGACACACAAUCAACAAUUUUAUUCAUCAAUUGAGCAACUUUUUUUGUUUGUAGUGCGAGCGAGUCGCGAUAAGUCAAGAUCUACCUUCUUGGACCCGAUUCGCUCACUUUGAAUUCUUGAGUAGAUGUUCCAAGAAGAUACAAGCUGGACCUUCAUGUCAAAAUGGUGAAAUAUGAUGAACAGUCAUAGUUGUAGUUUUUCUUGCAAGAAUUAAUUUUUUAGAUUGCUUUGCCUGCUUUAGUUGUACGCUUGAUAGAACCCACUAAAAAAUAUGAAACAUCAGACCUUUUCCUAGCUGUUCUUAUCCUUCUAAUGUGAAUACUCUCUCCGCUUCUACCCGACAGCAGGAGGAGCACCUGUUGUACAACAACAGCGAACACUCCUAUUGGGCACGGGAACGAGGGCGCACGGCUGAAAGCGCCCUGAGAGUGGCUAACAUGGCGUCUUUCGAAUCGGACGUUCAGACAGGGGCGCCGCUAGAAGAUUUUGAGAAUAACAACAACAAUAACAACUUCGAAGAUGGACCUGCUGGAGGUCCUGCUGGAUGGUCGUCUAAAAAGGACGUUGACAAGAGUCAGCAAUUUCAUCUGGAUCCGGAGUUUUACACUUAUGGCACUUCUACUCUGUCUAUAACUUAUAGUCUUCGACGUAUAUAACAUAAUUUAUCUAGUAUCUUAGAUACUAGCACCAGCACGAUGUCACGAUGGUGUUUCUUAACUACAAUUUUUAGAUUUACGUUCAAGAACUUGCAGCUGAAUGUGAAUUAUCUGAAGUCUUCAUCUACCUUUUUCAGUAUAUUAAAUUAUCAAUGUUGUAGCUCUUCUAACAUGAUAACAAGAAAAACUGGAGCAAUGCGGGAGGAUCGAAUGCUAUCACCGGUCUAGGGAAGCAAGAUGCUAUAGAAAGUAUUGGACUUGCUACUCCCACAAAUGAUCGUGGGAAAGGGACUCCUUCGACUGCGGCUACGGGGACCACUUCGUCGGGGGGAACGAGUCCCUAUGAUGGAGGUCACUCGCCGGGUCCUGAUGUAGAGGCAAGUCCAGUGCACUUUGCACCUCACUCUCGAACUAAAGAUUCCGAUCUUGAGGUCUCCAUGCGUUCCACGAAGUCUACGGCGUGUACAGUUAGUGGCACUUCUCUGUCAGCUCGCAAGCAACAAGGGUCGCCGCGUAAGCUGCUGCGUCAGUCCUCUCGCGAGACGGGGCACAGUGAACUGCUGCUGACAGGUACUUAGGUUCAGGCUCACCCACUUGUAGUAUGACAUCUUUCGUGCUUCGGCAUGAUCUCUUCAAGAUGGUCAAGUAGCUCUUGGUUCGAUAUGAAUGAAAUGAUCAGGAGAUAGACUUUGUAUUCCGACCGACUACUCACAGCACGCAUUGAUGAAUGACCUGAAUCUGUUUACUCCUCCAGAAUUUCCCACGCCGUGGCCUUCCUUCGACCGAAGUGCACCACGCAGUCCGUCCGGCUCCAUUCUCCGCUCUACCAGCAAAGCAGGCUCUAGCACUCCUGAGACUGGCGGCAUCCGUGGACCGCGCUACAUGCUAUCCGAGUACAAGACCAAAUUGGACUCGUUACUCCGCGAGUACUUCCUAGGCGGUGACUUUCAGGCUUUCGUUGAGCAAGUGCAUGCGUUACGGUGCGAUCCGUUCAACGAUAUUCUGGUUGCUACGGUGUUUCGUUUGGGGUUGGAUCAACGCUGGAGCGAACGAGUCCAUGGUCGCGACGAUCACCGCAUGGUGAACGCUAGAAGCGGAGAAGUGCCUCCGCAACACUCGUUGAGCUGGCAAAACCUGCUAAAAGCAUUGUUGGCGGAACAGGUACGUAGCACAUUAUCAUGGUUCUUGUUAGGUCAACAUAACUCCUUCUGGGCCUGUAGUUUUAUGUCAUUAUGAAGAAGUGAAACGUUGUUCCUGAACUACAUCUUCAAUAAUAUUUAUGAAUCCAGGUCAUCAGUCAGAUCGAGUUGAUGCGCGGGCUCUAUGGUUAUGCCUGUGGCAUGCGCGACUUGCAGCUGGACGUACCGCACGCUCCGCAACAGUUACUGAACUUCUUUGCUUCUCUUGCCAGUAUUAAUGAAGACUACGCGAACAAACUUGACUUCGAUGAAGACUCCGCAGCUAGUAUGGGGUCGUUAGACGCAAGAACUGGAGGACAGCAGAAGAGGGAGGUAGAGCCGUCGAAGGCAAGAUCGAUUAGUGCAACUAGUCCGUCUUCUAACGAGAAAAGCUCGUGUGGCGGCGCAGAGGAACAAGACCUCAGCAACAAGCUGUUGCCUGCCAGUAUUCUUUAUCGUCUUCCAGAAGACAUCCUUCGUGGCGAGAUCGAGGAUGGUGUGCUAGUCCUGCGCGCAACGUCGUUGCAUUUCUCCGAGUCGCCAGUUGGCGGUGGAGGUGGUCAGACUCAGAGCAGCACGACAACGCCAAGCAGAGCCGACGACUCAGCUGCCUACCUAGAUGACGACAAUCGUUCCGCUACCUCCUCAGCGAUGAUGUUUCAGCAAGGGAUGGGAGGCGACGAAUUGUUGCGACAGCACAUGCUAGAUGCGGAACAGCAUGUUUUGGAGCAGCAAAACGAACUGUUGCGGCAGCACAUGCCAGGAGAUGCGGAAGUUCCGCAUGUUUUGGACGAGCAGCAAGAUAAUUUUGACGUCUAUAAUGAGGAUUACACGGACAUUGCUGACGAAAUUCGCAGCUACAAGCGUAUCAUUCAGCGCGUCCUUCGCGAUUUCUUCGUGUCGAAAGAUACGGAAAGGGUUCGCUCCACGUUAAUGGAUUUGAGCGCAAAGAAUGGGCAGCACACACUGCUAGCGCAUGAGUUUGUGAAGCGCGCGGUUGUUAGCAGCUUAGAUUUCGGGACUAGCGAACAGCGUCAGGUUGUUCACUUGCUGAAAAGUUUGAUGGGACCAACGCAAGGAAAGAGCGGUCCUGCUAGUACUUCUGGAAAUCAUACGCCUUUGCUUCGCAGCGAAGACGUCCAACACGGCACUGCUAUGGUCCUAGGUCGUCUCCAAGACAUCUUAGUUGACGUCCCGCAUGCCAAGAAAAUCCUCGUCGAGAUCUUGACCGCCUUCGUAACCGAAGAGAUCAUUUCCGCGGACCUGUUAAAGAAGAAGCAACAGUUGGAAUACGGUGGUUUCCAAGGGGUUGAGGUGUUACGUGAAGUGUUGCAUCGCACUCCCGAGUACUCGCGUCGCAUUUGGUGCAGCGGUUUGGACGAUCGUGGGCUGUUGAAUGAGAUGGACCUCGCAAUCCGCGAGUUCUUCGACUCCUAUGAUGCAGAAGAAGUCGACCGCAUUCUGACCGAAUUGCGCCUCAGUCGGGAGAUGCUCUUGAAGUUUAUCAAGAAGAUCAUCCUCUACUCGAUCGAGAAACGCGACGUCCACUGCGGACUGCAUUUAGUUUCCUAUUUGUACGGUCGUCAGUGGUGGUUUCAGAACGAUGUGGAGGAUGCUGUGGAAUCCAUCCGUUUAGAGACGGAUGACUUACUACCUGACAUCCCGGAUCUGGGGGAAGCCACGUCGUACGUCGUGGAUCAGGCGAGUCGUUACGGACUAGUGUCCGAGAACUACCUGCGGCAGGAUCAGCAAUAUCUGGUCUGAGCUUCUAGGGAGAUGAAGGGAGGGUUACAGGAUCAGCAAUAUCUGGUCUGAGCUUCUAGGGAGACGAGGGGACCGUUACAGGAUCAGCAAUAUCUGGUCUGAGCUUCUAGGGAGAAGGGACAGUUAAUACAGCAGUACCUGAGCUUCUAGGGAGAUGAAGGGAGGGUUAUAGGAGCAGUACAACCCUGUCCUCCCUAAGCAGCUAAUGUACUGUUUGAACCACUAUAAUGUACUGUUUGGUGACAGAGUUAGCCUGGCCAAGAUGUCUUCUUAAAAAGACAAUAAGAACAAGGGGUGAUGGGUUGGCGACAAAAAAAACAAAAGAAAAGUUUCACUAUGUUGAGUGAUGCACGAUUCUGGGCAUUAGGCUGAGUGAAUCAUGAGUCACAUAUGUUCUUCGGAAAAUUAGAGAGCAUCUGUUAGUGGGUGCUAAAGGUUGGCGGAGGUCUUGUUUUCUGAUUAUGCAAGAACGAAGAUUUAUUCUUAUCGAACAGGAAAUAUUAUGCUUUUGAAUUCCAGCGUUUAGGUAUAGAGGGGUGAAAGGUAAGGUCGAAAAACCUUUGAUGAAAGUUAUUUAAUCAGUUCACGAUAGUAACGAUUAUCCAACUAGUACUAGAGUGUUGAAGAUACUAAUAUUAUUCACAAAUAACGAAAUGCUUAGCCUUACUAUGCUGGUAGCCUCAGCAGCAGCAUCAUCUUCUUCUUCAUGCGAGAGGAACAGAAUGAAGAAAUUUGAAAUUAUAGAAGUCUUAUACUGGAGUAUUGAGGUGUUUAUUUUGCAUGUCUUUUUUCAAGCAACAUCUGCUCAUCAAACUCACCAGAUCAACAACAUCAUUGGAUUAAUUAGGUACUCAUUCGUGGUGCCUUAUAAAGUACGUACCUGCUAUCUUCUUGCUCAAUGCUCGUACCAUCAUGGGGUUGGGGCGGUAAUGUAAACCGACUUGUUAGUCGUUUUACUACUAGCAGCACAGAUGCUGGUGAGGGGAAGAUCUCAUUAGGAGAAAAUACCUUGGUGCGGUGGAACUGGAAGUAGACACCCACACCUCUUUGCAUAUGCAUUGGAGCAUUAAUUAUAAUAUGAUCCAGUGGGUGGUCGUAUUGGUAUUGACUUGACUUAAAUAUUAUAUGAUCCAGUGGGUGGUCGUAUUGGUAUUGACUUGACUUAAAUAUAUGAUCCAGUGGGUGGUCGUAAUCGUAUUGGUAUUGCAAAAGUCAAAAGAUAGAAUACAAGCAAAAAGUUUUUCCAUCAUCACAAUUACAGACAUAGGAAGUGAGUAUAGAAGAGAUCGAGUAAAAGUUCUUCAGUCCUGUAGAGGUAGAACUGUAGUUAGUUCUUCUUCUUGUUUUCCAAUUAUUACUACUAUUUCGUAUUAUUUUUAGAAAGAUUUAUAUGUUAUCAUCUUCAACAGCCAACACGAAGAACAGCACGGGGAGCAUGCUGAUGCCGAUGGGGAGGCAAGGGGGCUGGAUAGCAGACUGAGACUCAUGUUCCUGACAUAAAAGUGGGUAUGACUUUAAGAAUACCGUGGCUUCUCUAUUUCUUCUUGAUCUAAGUACAACUAAAGACCUUUUUACUGGAGUAUUAAAGUCGUUAGAUGAGAGUUUAAUUUUGCUUUUAUUCUGUAGUUUCUUGUGUCUUCUCAAGCUUGAAGAUGUUGAACUUGUUUUCGACAGAGAGCUCGUUGUAUUUUCCUUUUACAUGAGUCGGGUCUAGUUAUUUUCAGUCGCUGGUGUUGAAGAUGUUGAUGGUUGUAUAGAAGUAUUAACAUUCAGGAAAAUCUGUUGCAAAGUGCAAUCAAUUGAUCAUGUGUCGUGUAAGAAAAUGAUAGAUCUGCUAGGAUAUGGGGUAAUUCAAUCUUAUUGAAGAUUGAUGGGUUGGGAUGGGUAUUAUCCAUAGGGUGUUGAAAUAGGUUUUUCUAAAACAUAACAAGAUAUUGAUAUUCUUUUUUCAGAUAUGUUGCAUCGGUGGACUGCAGGCAGAAGCUUAUAGAUAUGACUCUUCAGAGAACGACGAGAACAGAGCCUCCUGGAUAGAAUUAUAUGGUAGCUGGUACCAAAUACCAACAUCUCUGCUGCCUGGUAGUAGUUGCAACUCAUGUCUGACUGAAGAACAUCAAACACAAACUUCAUAUUCUUGAAUUCUCGAACGCGGUUCUUCUUUGUGUAAAUAUUUUAGAUUCUUAAAGGAACAGCAUCAAACAAAGUCAGAAGUGAUCAACAGGGAACUCGUAUAGCAUAUGCAUAGGUACGUUUGAUUUUCUCGAGGUUGUUUGGUGCUCAUCUUCGACUUCGAUUUCGACAUACAAUUCCAACAUCUGCACUGCAUGAAAAAAUUCUUCAGUGAGACAAGAACUGCAUGAAAAGAGUUGAAGGAAAAGUUACACGUUCGGUUACACAGUUAUCUGGACUUCCUCAACAGCAGGAGCGCAUGAUAUCUUGGAGGUUGUGUUCUAGAAAAACCCGAACAAUAAAAGGAGAUCUUAAAAACACAAAAAUAAGGUCAAACUGUGGACGGCGAGCCAACUCCUAUCCUAUCCUAUACCUAUAAGCAUCAACGUCAAGCUUGGCCCGAUCAUAGUUCUUGAAGACAGAGGGUGAGUGUGUGAACAAAAACGUCUGUACAAAAAGAAGAACUUCAGGAAGUUGCUAAAGUUCUUCUUUUCGUACACGCUAUACAUUUAUACCUUAUUUAUUUCAGACUUGAGGACGAGACAUGCAGCGAUGGAAAUAAGGACACCGUGAAGGGCUUAUGAGUAACGACGUGGAGUUUGGAGGUAUUAGAUUAGAGAUUAGAGAUAAAAGAAACGAAGUACGGG